AUGUCGUCGUUGGCCCGCCUAGAUACCCUUUUUGGGCCCCAACUACCUGGCCACUUCGAUUUUACUCUCUGCUUCGAGCACGUCAUGCUCUGGCUGGUUCCUGCUGGCAUCGUGAUUCUGGCUACUCCGCUGUACUUCAACAAAGCCGUACGAGCUCAGCGCCAAGUCCAGCCCGGCAUCCUCCUUUGGGUAAAGCUGGCUUGCGCGCUGGCCUUGGUCGCCAUACAAGCCAGCAACAUUGCUCUUUGGCACAAGACGGAGUAUUUCCACUCCGAGGUGACGGUUGCUGCUUCGGCCAUGUCGCUUGCUGCUUCGAUCUGCACGUUUGGCAUUGUUGCUAUCACGCAUACAUAUGCAUUGCAGCCGUCUGCCUUUCUAAGUGUCUUCUUUUCCAUCACGAUGCUUUUUGAUAUCGCCAUGACCCGUUCCUACUUUCUCCGUGGAAGUCUCAGUGCUAUUGCUGUCUUGCAGGUUUGCGUCGUCAUCCUCAAGCUUAUGCUAAUUGUCCUCGAAGAAGUCCCCAAACGCGGCCUGUAUCGGUCUCAGUACAUGAGAUCAGCCGUCUCCGCCGAGACUGCAUCAGGCUUCUGGAAUCGGUCCCUUUUUCUAUGGCUUAACCCUCUUUUGUACUUUGGCUGGUUCCAUACCCUUACUGCAGACAAUCUACCUAACAUCGCGGAUGAACUACGAUCCGAGAAACUCUUUGAUCAAUUCGUUCCGUAUUGGGCGCAAGUUUCCAAGAUCUCAAAGCGCGCACUCGCGAUCGCGCUGUUUCGCACACUCACGUGGCAGCUUAUCCAGGUCCUACUUCCGCGUCUCGCCUUUAUCGGCGCCACUAUUGCGCAGCCCUUCUUGUUGUUACGUACAGUGCAAGCCGUAAGCACCGGUAAUGUUGAUAGAAGCACUGCCGGAGGCCUCAUCGGCGCGACCGCUUUGAUAUACUGCGGGCUUGCUAUCACACGAGCUCUGUACGAGCAUUGGGAAUACCGUGUCAUCACUUCCACUCGAGGCAUACUUGUUGUUGCUAUAUACGACAAACUGCUCCGACUCAGAAGUGAAGAUCUCGAGAAUUCUGCCGCACUCACGUUGAUGAGCACAGACGUGGAAGGCAGUGGGCAGAUUGUCCAACUUGCCUACGAAUCCUGGUCCUGCGUAAUUCAGCUCGGUCUCGGCAUUUGGUUUCUUUAUAAAUUCAUCGGACCGGCGUGUUUCCUCAUUGUCGUACCUAUUUUUGAAACGCAGAAGCGUGUUGCGGCAACUUCCAAUAUACUUGCGCAAAUGAAGAGCGUAAAGGGCAUGGGACUUUCGAGCGCUCUGUCAGCUUGCAUUGAGGAAAAGCGCAAGCUCGAAAUCAAUACUGCAAUGCGCGAGCGCUAUUCCGUUCUCUGGGUCUUUGGCUUUGGUGCAAUCAACUAUACCGUGACGCCCGCAAUCGUCAUCGCAGGUGCUUACUUUUGGACGCGAGCUGACAACCCGAUGUCGGUGGCCGAACUGUUCACUGUGAUUGCGAUACUUUCGCUGAGUACUGGUCCUCUGAUCAGUCUGUUCAGAUCGAUCAACGGAUGGGCAGCAGGCUUUGCAUCUAUUGGUAGGAUUUUUGACUACCUUGUGCAGGAAGAGCUUCAAGACCCCCGCGAUACCCCCAAAGGUGUUGAUGCUCCGGCCUCCACAGAGAAGGUCUCGUCCUCUCCUCCCAGAUCACCCUUUGCCGUUCAGCUCAAUUGCGUUUCCGUCACUUCUCCAACCACUGGCCCUGUUCUGAAGGAUGUUACACUUGCUAUUCCUUGGGGGUCGCUCUGCAUGGUGUGGGGUCCUAUCAGCUGCGGCAAAUCCACUUUCCUCAAGCUUCUUCUGGGUGAAGUGACACUCAACAGUGGGAGCAUCGCUGUUGGCUCGAAGAUCAUCGCAUAUUGCAGUCAGGAAUGUUGGAUUCCAAACUGUACCGUUCGACAGGCCAUAGUUGGGCAACUCAAGUUUAACGAAUCCCGGUAUAGAGAAAUUGUUAGAGCAUGCACACUAGAUGUUGAUCUGGCGGAGCUGCCGGAUGGUGACCAGACACAGACGGGAAGCGGGGGAUGCAAUCUCAGCGGCGGACAACGUCAGCGAUUGAGUCUUGCACGAGCCGCCUAUGCCCAAGAGCAAAUCAUGGUCGUUGAUGACAUUUUCAGUUCAGUAGACCCAGAAACAGCAGCCGCCAUCUUUGGCAAUCUCUUCGGUCCAGAAGGCAUGGUCCGCCAGUGGAACUGCACAGUCAUCAUGUCAACAAAUAGGCUUGAACUUUUGGAUUACGCGAAUCAAGUCUAUCAGUUCGGCAAGAAUGGUAGAGUGGAGCUGCAAUCCGACGAUUGGGAAGCUGCAUCAGUUGCAUCUGAUAGAAGCGGUCACGCGUCAAAUGCCGAGGAUGAGGACGACGGUCAACAGCACGCAGUCAGAAACGAAGACACCGAGCCACCUCAGAUAAAAGUCAAAGACGAGGAGAAUGAAGGUGAAUAUCUGAGAAAUGUCAAGGCGGGUGAUUUAUCUCUAUACUCGUAUUUUUUGAGCUCCGCCGGCAUUUUUCCCAUUCUUGGCUGGACUCUGCUUGCAAUGAUUGCUGCUGUUGGAGAAUGGGCGCCGGUCAUUUUUCUGCGAAUAUGGUAUGGCAGAAAUCCCAGCAAUCCGUAUUAUUUCAUCGGUUAUGCCGGAUGCGCCAUGUUUUGUGUCAUCUUCAACAUUUCAAGUAGCGCGUUUUAUUUUACAUUUGUAUACAAGAAAAUCACCAAAGAAAUUCAUCGAAAAUUGCUUCUAGCGACAAUGGGCGCGACGCCGCAGUAUCUCAAUGAAACCGACUCUGGGGUUCUGCUCAAUAGGUUCAGUCAAGAUAUUUCUCUUAUAACGCGUCGACUAAGUCUUUUGGCCAACCAGUUUAUGUUCUUAACUUUUACGACCCUGUUGGAGAUUGCAAUUAUAGCCGCUGGCUCAGUUUAUUCCAUGCCCGUCAUGUUGCUUCUGACAGUGGUUCUGUUUCUUACUCAGUUGUAUUACCUUCGGACCUCUAGACAACUGCGACAGCUCGAACUAGAGUCCUCCUCGGCAAUAUUCACACAUUUUACCGAGUCCAACGAAGGUAUCCAUCAUAUCCGCAGCUUCAACUGGCAGGAGAGCUAUCGUCAGAAACUUUAUGCCAAGUUGGAUCGAUCUCAAAAACCAACGUAUCUGCUUUACUGUAUUCAGCGAUGGCUCACCCUGAGCAUGGACAUCAUGUCCGCUGUUGCUAGUAUUGUCCUCAUCGGAGUAGUAACGACACUACCCGGCAAAACUUCAAAUGCCGCGGUGGGACUUGCAAUGCUUAGCCUCAUGGGUUUUAGCGGCACAGCAACUGUUUACGUCCAACUCUGGACAUCAUUCGAGACUGCCCUUGGCGCUGUUCGACGUAUCAAGCAGUUCGUUAUGAGUACACCUCAAGAACAAGAUGCCCUUUCCGGGCCGUCACCUCCUAUAAACUGGCCAAGCGCUGGAAAAAUAGACUUUAAUGCACUCACUGCUACCUACAGGACGACGGAUGGCGGUGAGCACAAGGCUAUUGACAAUGCAACUGUGACUAUCCGUGCAGGGCACAAGAUUGGUAUCAUGGGACGGACUGGCAGUGGGAAAUCGACAGUACUCUCUGCUAUGCUGAGACUGGUGGACUGCACUGGAAGCAUCAGCAUUGACGGCCACGACAUACGAAGGGUCCCCCAUGAAUUUCUGCGUUCAAAAAUCACAACCAUUACUCAAGAUGGCCUUCGGCUGAAAGCAUCACUCCGAUUCAAUCUGUUCCCAUUUGAGGGUGAAAAGCCGUCCGACGACGACAUGAUUGGCGUACUACAAGAUGUUCAACUCUGGACGCACGUGCGUCCAAAUGGCGGCUUGGAUGCCGACUAUUCCAGCAUGCGCUUCUCUUCAGGACAAAAACAACUCAUGUUUCUGGCACGCGGAAUCCUGCAUCAAGCGAAAACAGGCAACAAAAUUGUCAUGAUAGACGAAGUGACGAGUAGUCUGGCCCUGGACACUGAAGACGAUAUCCAGACGCUGAUUGACGAAUGUUUCGAGGGUUGCACGAUUAUACUGGUGUCUCAUCGGAUGGAAUCUUUCAACACCGUCGACGGAGUCUUGAAAUUUGAUUCUGGUAGGCUCUCCAACGUGCUUCGCCGGCGGAGUAACGGAGAUUUAGUAGAGGCCAAGGAUCUAUGA